ACGCUGAUAAAUUGGGGGUAUUCAUGAAAUUUUAGCAUAUCCACAGUACUCUAUUCAUCUAAACCCUAAAUACCCAAAUCUCAAACCCUAAAACCUCUGUUAACCAACAAAAAGACCAGAAUUUGGAAAUCCUCAGUGAUAAUUCAAUGGCGUUUCGCGGUAAACUCCGUCAACUCGUACUUCAGCACCACCGGCUCUUCUCCAGCUCAAUUCUGAAUCCCGAUUCCAAAACCCCACUCACCAGUAAAGAGAAAUCACGAGCCGCGCUUUCCCUCCUCCGGUUCGAGAAGAACCCGGAACGCAUUCUUGAAAUCUGCAGAGCCGCAGCCCUAACGCCUGAGUCACAUUUAGAUCGGAUCGCGUACUCCAAAGCCAUCACGAAGCUGAAAGAAUCUCAAUAUUAUGAGGGCAUAAGAGGGUUCAUAAAUGAGUCCAUUACUCGAUUAGAUUUGAGAUCUGAACGGUUUAUUUCUCAUUUUGUUGUUUUGUAUGGCCAGGCUGGUCUAGUGAAUGAUGCUAUUAAGUUGUUCGACGAAAUGCCUAAGAUGGGGAUUGAGAGAACUGUGAAGACAUUGAACUCGCUUUUGUUUUCUUGCAUUUUGGCGAAGGAUUACGGGGAAAUGAAGAGGAUUUUCUCGGAAUUUCCAAGGAAAUAUGGGAUUGAACCGGAUUUGGACACGUAUAAUACGGUUUUGAAGGGGUUCUGUGAGUCUGGUAGUGCGAAUUCAGCUUACUCUAUAUUGGCUGAAAUGGAUAGGAAAAGGAUAAAGCCGAAUGGGACCACUUAUGCAACUGUGAUUACAGGGUUUUACAAGGAGGAGAAGUUUAGUGAUGUUGGGAAAGUAAUGGAGUUGAUGAAAAAGAAUGGCGUGGCACCUGGGAUCAGUAUUUAUAAUGUUAGGAUUCAUAGCUUGUGUAAGCUCAAGAGGUCGUAUGAGGCAAAGGCGUUAUUGGAUGGGAUUUUGUUGAGCGGUAUGAAGCCAAAUUCUGUAACAUAUAGUCAUUUGAUUUAUGGGUUUAGCAGAGAAGGCAAUUUGGAGGAGGCAAAGAGUUUGUUUAAGGUGAUGGAAAGUCGGGGUUUGAAGCCAGACGCUGAAUGUUAUUUUACACUGGUUUAUUACUUGUGUAGAGGAGGAGAAUUCGAGGCUGCCUUGGACAUCUGUAAGGAAUGUAUGGCAAAGGGUUGGGUCCCUAAUAUUACUACCAUGAAGUUGCUCGUAGAUGGUCUGGUGAGCAUUUCGAAGGUUGAUGAGGCGAGGGAAAUUAUUGGACAAGUGAAGGAGAAGUUCUCGAGGAAUGCUAAUACGUGGAGCGAAAUUGAGGAGGGAUUACCUAAGUAGAAUGCUAAGCAUGGUAUGUGCUGCUAUAUUCAUAAUAAAUAUUUAGAAAACUAGAGGAUCAUUUGUGUAUGCAAGUGGCAUCCUUAGGAAUUGUUGCUGAUGUCCUUGUUGCUUCUAAUGAAUUGGAUGAUUUGGUUUAAUUGCUAUGAUACCCUUCUGGAAUAUUGCAUCGUCACUGAA